AUGAAUCUGGCAGUGAGUGACUUCCUCAUGGCCAUCACACAGUCUCCCAUCUUCUUUGUCAACUGUCUCUACAAGGAAUGGGUGUUUGGAGAAACAGGUACUUUUACCUUCAUUCCAUACAUUUGGUAAAAUACCUGCAUCAGAUCAGUUGUCAUAAUUGAAAGCUUCAGCUAUUUUGGUAUUUUGAGAUGAAUUUUGCUGUAUAUACUGAACCAAAAAUACUCUUCAAAGUAAUUCUGUGGAAAUUCCAUCUCUCUGAGAUUACUCAGAUUGUAAGAUUUCUGUUUUUUGUCUCUGUGAAAUGAUUUCUGUUUUUUGUCUCUGUGAAAUGAUUUCUGUUCAGGCUGUAAGAUGUACGCCUUCUGUGGGGCCUUAUUUGGGAUCACCUCCAUGAUCAACCUGCUGGCGAUCUCCAUUGACCGCUACAUAGUCAUCACCAAGCCCCUGAAGGCCUUGCACUGGACCUCUAAACGCCGCACCUCCGUUGUAAUCGUCAUAGUCUGGCUCUACUCGCUGGCCUGGAGCCUGGCGCCUCUCCUGGGCUGGAGUGAGUUCCCUCCACUAACACUAUCCUUUUGGGUGCCAUGUUUUGCUAGACAAUGACACCAAUGGAGUUGGCAAGAGCCCAAACAGAUCUGGGACCAGGCUAGCAACCUUUUAUCUUAUCUUUCAAACUCUCUCACUCUGCUAUCACUCUUCCUCUUCUCUCUACAGGUGUACUGAAACAAUCAUUUCCUCUCGCUCUCGUUCUUACACACUUGGUCCCUAACCGACCCCAACCUCAACCCUAACCCAAUGUCCCUAUCCAGGUUCCUAUAUCCCGGAGGGCCUGAUGACAUCCUGUACGUGGGAUUAUGUGACCUCCACACCAGCCAAUAGGAGCUACACUCUGAUGCUAUGCGUCUUUGUGUUCUUCAUCCCUCUGGGCAUCAUCUCCUACUGCUACCUCUGCAUGUUCCUGGCCAUACGCACCGCCAGUAGGUGAGUUGGUACAUUCACACAGCCAUGCCUCUGUGUGCAUACACACAUAGACAUAUACUGUACUUAUAUACACACACACAUGCAUGCACACAAGCACGCAUGCACACACACUCAUAUGCACACACACACAAUCAAAACACACAUCCAGACGAUGGGGCCCUCUGGUUGUCUAUCUUCGUCUGACACCCCCCCAUCCCCUCUCCGAUGCCCACAGAGACAUGGAGAAGCUGGGCAGUCAGGUAAGGAAGUCCACCCUGAUCCAGCAGCAGUCCAUCAAGACUGAGUGGAAGCUGGCCAAGAUCGCCUUUGUAGUCAUCAUCGUGUAUGUGAUGUCCUGGUCUCCCUACGCCUGCGUCACCCUCAUCGCCUGGGCUGGGUAACUAUGGAGUUACAUAUGGAUUUCAAUGGGGUUCAGUUCCCAUAUUCAUAAAGCGUCUCAGUAGUGCUGAUCUAGGAUCAGUUUUGCCUGUUUAGAAAAUGAUGAAUAAGAUUACAGGGACAGGGGGGAUCUGAUGAAAGAUGGCGCCGUACUGUAUGGCUGCCGUUUUGCAAGCUCUGACCCAACUUUACCUAUUUUGUGAUUCUGUCGUUUAUUUUUACUUAAUUUUCUCUAAAUGUAUCCGCUAUCAUUUCUUUCAGAUUGGCAGUUACUUACCUCAAUUCCGGCUUCAACUUCGACUCAUUUUCCGUUGGCUCUUUCUGUAAUUCCGACCCAAUUUACGGGCUACCCAAGAGGAAACACAGACGUUACAGAGGCAAGAGAGGGGGGAUCCUGGAGAGAUUAAAGCGAAGGGAGAACCGGCCACCUCUUCCCCGCAUUCUACUGGUCAAUGUACAGUCCCUUAAUAAUAAGAUGGAUGACCUAGGAUUGAAAUAUUCUCGGCUUUUCAGAAAUAUGGCUCUCGGACACCCCCCAUGGCUAUCCAACUCGAUGGAUUCUCCAUUCACCAUGCAGACAGGACAGAGGAGUCGGGGAAAUCGAGGGGGGGAGGGGUUUGCCUCUUCGUCAACAACAACUGGUGUUCUGACUCGAGCACUGUGGAAGUGUAAACCCAUUAUUCACCUGUCUUGGAAUACCUGAUGCUGACCCUUUUACCUCCCAAGGGAAUUUUCAGCUGUUAUCGUGACAUUCCAGCUCAGGACAAGAAAAAUAACAAGCUGGCACUUAACGAACUGUAGCAGGCUAUAACCAAGCAGGAAAACGUACAUCUAGAGGUGCCCAACUUCCAUCAACACGUCUCCCUCACCACUAGGGGCGAUAAAGUCCUAGACCACUAACAUUCUAGCCACAAGCAAGCAUACAAGGCCCUCCCUCAUCCAUUCGACAAAUGACUCCUGCUUCCUGUUUACAAGCAGAAGCUCAAACAGGAAUGACCCGUGACUCGCUCCAUUGAGAAACGGUCUCCAGAAUCAUUGAUUAUGCUACAGGACAGCUUUGCUAGCACUGAUUGGAAUAUAUUUUGGGACUCCACUGAUUGGAAUAUAUUUUGGGACUCCGCCGAUAACGUUGAUGAGCUAACCACCUCCGUCACCAGCUUCAUUAGGAAAUGCAUCAGCAACGUUGUCCCCAUAGUUAAGGUUUGCUGCUUCCCCAAUCAAAAGCCCUGGGUUAACACUGAGAUUGGCACUAAACUAAAGGAUAGGGCUACCACACACAGGGUUAUCGCAGACAACCCUGAGGCUAUGGCUGAGGAUAGGAACAAGUACAAGAAGUCCCGCUAUGACCUCCGCAGAGUCAUCAAACCAGCAAAAUGACAAUAUAGGAAUAAGGUAGAAUCAUAUUAUACAGGCUCCGAUGCCCGCUGCAUGUGGCAGGGGCUACGGUCCAUUACGGAUUACAAAGGAAGACCCAGCCGUGAUCUGCCCAACGAUGCCACUCUACCAGACGAACUCAAUGCAUUUUAUGCACGCUUUGACAAUAACAUCGUAUCGGGUGUGCGGGCCACCACCAACCAGAAGAUUGGGUGAUCUCACUCUCCGAGGCCGACGUGAGUAAAGUCUAUUCAGGUCAAUACCCGUAAGGCUGCGGGGCCCGAUGGUAUUCCAGGGUGCAUUCUCAGAGCAUGUACAGAACAGCUGGCAGGUAUAUUCACAGUAAUUUUCAACCUCUCCUUGUCCCAGUCUGUAAUCCCCACGUUUUACGAUGACAACCAUCAUUUCUGUUCUCAAGAACUCAAAGGCUUCAUGCCACAAUGACUACUGCCCUGUAGCACUCACAUCUGUAAUCAUGAAGUGCUUUGAGUGGCUGGGUAUAGCACACAUCAACUCCGACACCCUAGACACACUUCAAUUUGCAUACCUCCCCAACAGAUCCAUAGACAACUAAAUCUCAAUUGCAUUCCACACUGCCCUCACCCACCUAGAUAAGAGGAAUACUGUACAUAUGUGAGAAUGCUGUUCAUUAACUACAGCUCAGAGUUCAACACCACUGUCCUCUCCAAACUCGUCACCAAGCAUAGGACCCUGGGACUGAACACUUCCCUCUGCAACUGGAUCCUGGACUUCCUGGCGGGACGACCCCAGGUGGUGAGGGUAGGCAACAUCAUCUCCGUCACGCUGACCCUCAACACGGGGGCCCCACAGGGGUGUGUGCUUAGUCCCCUCCUGUACUCCCUGUUCACCCACGACUGUGUGGCCACGCACGAUUCGAACACCAUCAUAAAGCUUGCUGACGACACGUUGGCAGUAGGCCUGAUCCCCGGCGACGAUGAGACAGCCUACAGGGAGGUCAGUGACCUGAAAGUGUGGACCCGGAACAACAACCUCUUCCUCAACCGUCAGUAAGACCAAGGAGCUGAUCGUGGACUGCAGGAAAGGGGGGGGGGGGGGGGGGCAAGCACGCCCCCAUCCACAUCGAUGAGGCUGCAGUGGAGUGGAUCGAGAGCGUGAAGUUCCUCUGUGUCCAAAUCACUAAGAAGUUAAAAUGGUCCACACAUGUGCACAGUCGUGAAGAAGGCGCGACAGGAGGUUGAAAAAGUUUGGCAUGGGCCCUCAAAUCCUCCAAAAGUUACAGUUGCACCAUUAAGAGCAUCUCCACUGGCUACAUCACUGCUUGGUAUGGCAAUAGCACCGCCCUCGAUCGCAUGGCCCUACAGAGGGUGGUGUGGACAGCCCAAAAUUGUUAAAGACUCCAACCACGCAAGCCAUAGACUGUUCGCUCUGCUUCCACUUGGCAAGCAGUAUCAGUGCAUCAAGUCUGACACCAACAGGCUCCCUGAACAACAGCUUCUAUCCCCAUGCCAUAAGACGGCUAAAUAGCUAAUUAAAUAGCUAACAAAAUAUCAGAGUUGUCCUUUGUAUUUAAUUCUUAUCUAUGCACACUCACAGGGCCCUACACAUAACGUACAUUGAUACUCCAACCCACAUACACACACUCCAUCAUUUGCUCACACACACAGAAUUUGCACAUACAUUUAUACUGACUCUACACACACCCACUCACAUACACGCUGCUGCUACACUGUUUAUCAUAUAUCCUGAUGCCUAGUCACCUUACCCCUAUACAUACAGUUGAAGUCGGAAGUUUACAUACACUUAGGUUGGAGUCAUUAAAACUCGUUUUUCAAUCACUCCACAAAUUUCUUGUUAACAAACUAUAGUUUUGGCAUGUCGGUUAGGACAUCUACUUUGUGCAUGACACAAGUAAUUUUUCCAACAAUUGUUUACAAACAGAUUAUUUCACUUAUAAUUCACUGUAUCACAAUUCCAGUGGGUCAGAAGUUUACAUACACUAAGUUGACUGUGCCUUUAAACAGCUUGGAAUAUUCCAGAAAAUGAUGUCAUGGCUUUAGAAGCUUCUGGUAGGCUAAUUGACAUCAUUUCAGUCAAUUGGAGGUGUACAUGUGGAUGUAUUUCAAGGCCUACCUUCAAACUCAGUGCCUCUUUGCUUGACAUCAUGGGAAAAUCAAAAUAAAUCAGCCAAGACCUCAGAAAAAAAAUUGUAGACCUCCACAAGUCUGGUUCAUCCUUGGGAGCAAUUUCCAAAUGCCUGAAGGUACCACGUUCAUCUGUACAAACAAUAGUACCCAAGUAUAAACACAAUGGGACCACGCAGCCAUCAUACCGCUCAGGAAGGAGACACGUUCUGUCUCCUAGAGAUUAACAUACUUUGGUGCGAAAAGUGCAAAUCAAUCCCAGAACAGCAAAGGACCUUGUGAAGAUGCUAAAGGAAACAGGUACAAAAGUAUCUAUAUCCACAGUAAAAAGAGUCCUAUAUCAACAUAACCUGAAAGGCCGCUCAGCAAGGAAGAAGCCACUGCUACAAAACCGCCAUAAAAAAGCCAGACUAUGGUUUGCAACUGCACAUGGGGACAAAGAUCGUACUUCUUGGAGAAAUGUCCUCUGGUCUGAUAAAACAAAAAUAGAAAUGUUUGGCCAUAAUGACCAUCGUUAUGUUUGGAGGAAAAAGGGAAACGCUUGCAAGCCAAAGAACACCAUCCCAACCAUGAAGCACGGGGGUGGCAGCAUCAUGCUGUGGGGGUGCUUUGCUGCAGGAGGGACUGGUGCACUUCACAAAAUAGAUGGCAUUAUGUGGAAGGAAAAUUAUGUGGAUAUAUUGAAGCAACAUCUCAAGACAUCAGUCAGGAAGAUAAAGCUUGGUCGCAAAUGGGUCUUCCAAAUGGACAAUGACCCCAAGCAUACUUCCAAAGUUGUGGCAAAAUGGCUUAAGGAUAACAAAGUCAAAGUAUUGGAGUGGCCAUCACAAAGCCCUGACCUCAACCCUAUAGAAAAUGUGUGUGCAGAACUGAAAAAGCGUGUGCGAGCAAGGAGGCCGACAAACCUGACUCAGUUACACCAGCUCUGUCAGGAGGAAUGGGCCAAAAUUCACCCAACUUUUUGUGGGAAGCUUGUGGAAGGCUACCCGAAACGUUUGACCCAAGUUAAACAAUUUAAAGGCAAUGCUACCAAAUACUAAUUGAGUGUAUGUAAACUUCUGACCCACUGGGACUGUGAUGAAAUAAAUAAAAGCUGAAAUAAAUCAUUCUCUCUACUAUUAUUCUGACAUUUCACAUUCUUAAAAUAAAGUGGUGAUCCUAACUGACCUAAAACAGGGAAUUUUUACUAGGAUUAAAUGUCAGGAAUUGUGAAAAACUGAGUUUAAAUGUAUUUGGCUAAGGUGUAUGUAAACUUCCGACUUCAACUGUAUUUACCUCUAUCGAUCCAGUAUCCCUGCACAUUGUAAAUAUGGUAUUGGAACUGACCCUGUAUAAUAGUAUGCUUACUUUAUCGUGUUCUUCUUAUAUCUCGUGGGUUUUUGUUCUACCUUGUUAUUUUUAGUAUUACAUUGUUAUUUAAUACUGCAUUGUUGGGGUUAGAGCUUGCGAAGAAAGGCAUUUUACUGUACUUGUUCAUGUGUACAUUAAAACUUGAAACUUGAUCCUAGAUCAACUUCUAAUCUGAGAUGCUAUAUGAAUACAGACCCUGAUCUAGUUGUUGAGAUGCUUAAGCAAUGGUUAUAGUUAGAGGGCAUGUGAUCUGGAUAUUAUGAAGGAUCAGGAGUCAUGAAUAGUUAUUUUUUUCUGACUGUCUUGAUUCAGAUAUGAAGUUGAGGAUUUUACUGUAGUUACUGCAGAUCUUUGGUUAAUGCAGAAAAAUCUGGGAUACAUUAUUUUCGAAUCCCACUCCAAAUUAUUUUAAAGUAAGGCUGGGAUUGGUUCGGAAUGGCAGGCACCUAUGGGUUGAAGAGGUGAGAGUCUGAGACAGACUGCUUUGAGAGUUUUGAAACGCUAUCAGGGUCAGGGACAGUUUAAACAGAUGUUUUUUUGAGUUUUGUAUGGGGAACGUACUGUACGUACUGCAGUGAGAGUAGAGGUGAAGAGAGUGGAUGUGAAGUGAUGUGAGUGCAGUCUGUCGGAGAGGAGGGAUAAUCAAGCAUGUGAUUCCUCCUGCUCACUCCACAACACCUUUGGGUCACUGCCAGGCCAUACAAACAGGUUGCACAGGAGCCAACUAGGCAGGCAGUACAAACAGACACCCACUGACUGACCAAGGCACAGACAGGCAUGGGCUGACUCAUUACUGACCAUCCACUGACAUUCUGUACAAACACAGAGUUCAGACUCCAAUCUUAUUUUUUAGAGGGUGGAAGCAGAGGAGAAUAACUUACAGCUAUAUGUCAGUAAAACCUGAGGAGGUCAGAUUACUUUACCUAUGAGGCUUGUAGUGUCCUAUUCAUGAUACCUCUCCUUUCAGUUAUGGAAGUACCCUCAGUCCCUACUCCAAGGCCGUCCCUGCUGUCAUAGCCAAAGCCUCAGCCAUCUAUAACCCCUUCAUCUAUGCUAUCAUCCACUCCAAAUACAGGUGAGUAUCGUCAUCUUAAUGUGUCCCUCCCCUAGGGCAUAACUCAAAACACCAUUUUAUGUACUGUCCUAACCUUUCAUAACCUAAGAUUGUUUUGGCAAGUUGCACUAAGGAUCCUUUGGUGUGACUGGGCUUGGCCGUCCAGACUGGACUCCUGCAGUGCAUUCGGAAAGUAUUCAGACCCCUUGACUUUUUCCACAUUUUGUUAUGUUACAGCCUUAUUCUAAAAUUGAUUAAAUUGUUUUUUCCCCCUCAUCAAUCUACACACAAUACCCCAUAAUGACAAAGCAAAAACAGGUUAACAUUUACAUAAGUAUUUACACAUUUACAUAAGUAUUCAGACACUUUACUCAGUACUUUGUUAAAGCACCUUUGGCAGUGAUUACAGCCUUGAGUCUUCUUGGGUAUGACGACACAAGCUUGGCACAGCUUUAUUUGGAGAGUUUCUCCCAUUCUUCUCUGCAGAUCCUCUCAAGCUCUGUCAGGUUGGAUGGGUAGCGUCGCUGCACAGCUAAUAUCAGGUCUCUCCAGAGAUGUUUGAUCGGGUUCAAGUUCGGGCUCAGGCUGGGCCACUCAAGGACAUUCAGAGACUUGUCCUGAAGCCACUCCUGCGUUGUCUUGGCUGUGUGCUUAGGGUUGUUGUUCUGUUGGAAGGGGAACCAUCGCCCCAUUCUGAGGUCCUGAGCGCUCUGGAGCAGGUUUUCAUCAAGGAUCUCUCUGUACUUUGCUCCGUUCAUCUUUCCCUCGAUCCUGACUAGUCUCCCAGUCCCUGCCGCUGAAAAACAUCCCCACAGCAUGAUGCUGCCACCACCAUGCUUCAUCGUAGGGAUGGUGCCAGGUUUCCUCCAGACGUGACGCUUGGCAUUCAGGCCAAAGAGUUCAAUCUUGUUUUCAUCAGACCAGAGAAUCUUGUUUCUCAUGGUCUGAGAGUCCUUUAGGUGCCUUUUGGCACACUCCAAGCGGGCUGUCAUGUGCCUUUUACUGAGGAGUGGCUUCCGUCUGGCCACUGUACCAUAAAGGCCUGAUUGGUGUAGUGCUGCAGAGAUGGUUGUCCUUCUGUAAGGUUCUCCCAUCUCCACAGAGGAACUCUGGAGCUCUGUCAGAGUGACCAUCAGGUUCUUGGUCACCUCACUGACCUAGGCCCUUCUCCCCCGAUUGCUCAGUUUGGCCGGGCAGCCAGCUCUAGGAAGAGUCUUGGUGGUUCCAAACUUCUUCCACUUAAGAAUGAUGGAGGCCACUGUGUUCUUGCGGACCUUCAAUGCUACAGAAAUGUUUUGGUACCCUUCCCCAGAUCUGUGCCUCGACACAAUCCUGUCUUGGAGCUCUACGGACAAUUCCUUCGACCUCAUGACUUGGUUUUCUUCUGACAUGCACUGUCAACUGUGGGACCUUAUAUAGACAGGUGUGUGCCUUUCCAAAUCAUGUCCAAUCAAUUGAAUUUACCACAGGUGGACUCCAAUCAAGUUGUAGAAACCUGUUUUCGCUUUGUCAUUAUGGGGUAUUGUGUGUAGAUUGAUGAGGAUUUAAGGCUGUAACAAAAUGUAGGAAAAGUCAAGGGGUCUGAAUACUUUCCGAAUGCACUGUAUAACAACUGACUUGUUACAACUGACUUAGGUGAUGACAAUAGGGACGAUUUGGUGUACUGUAUGCUUGACAUUGUAUCCCUCCUUCCUCUUGCCUCUCUCCUCCCUUUACCCUCUCCUUUCCUUUCUUCUUUGUUGACUCUCCCAUACAGAGACACUCUGGCAGAGAAGGUUCCCUGUCUGCACUGCCUGGCCCAGACCCCCAGGAAGGACUGUAUCUCUGUGUCCAACAGUGAGUCCUCCUUCAGGGACUCCAUGCUCAGCAGACAGUCCUCCACCUCCAAGACCAAGUUCCAUAGAGUGUCCUCUAUGUCCACCGGAGACACAGUGAGUUAGUGUGCUUUUGUUGGGUUGGGGUGGUAGGGGUAGAGGGGUUGGAGGGUAGGGAUAGAGGGGUUGGAGGGUAGGGAUAGAUGGGUUGGAGGGUAGGGGCAGAGGGGUUGGAGGGUAGGGGCAGAGGGAUGUAGGGUAGGGGUAGAUCGUAAAGGGGUUGGAGGGUAGGCGUAGAAGGGUGGAGGGUAAGGGUAAGGGUAGAGGGGUUGGAGGGUAGGGGUAGAGGGGUAGAGGGAUGGAGGGUAGGGGUAGGGGUAGAUGAUAGAGGGGUGGAGGGUAGGGGUAGAGGACUUUGAGGGUAGUUGUAGAGGAGUUGGAGGGCAGAUGUAGAGGGGUUGGAGGGUAGGGGUAGAGGGGUGGAUAGAUGCUGCACAAGAAUAGUUGUCUCAUGUUGCCAGGCAUACACAAAGGCUGGAGUCAAGGCUACAAGAACAGAAACGUUCAAACGCAACAAUGUACUGCUUUCUUGUACUGCAAUCCGUUAUUUUGUAUGUAUGUUUCUGAGAAAAGUGAUAAAAUGUUGAUCACAAAAAAGAAAAACACGGUAAAGCACAGUGCUCUAGAGCUAACUGGACUAAACCAUCACCUGUGUGAGAUCUUUUCACUAUGUCACUAUGUAAACAAUAUCACAAGACAUAUACCGUAUAAUGGAGCAGUAUUAAGAUGUAAUCUCCUAAACUGUUUAAAGCUGAGAUCCGCGAAAGGUGCCACUGGCUGCCCCAGGCACAUUUGUUGUUGCUUUUGUUUUGAGGAGAUAGCAUCCAGGUUUGUCUGCUGUUCUAUCGCACAUGCAAUGAUGUCUGAGGAAAAAAACAGUGCUCUUAGUUUGAAGUAACGUCUUCCUUGUUGUAAUAUAGCAAACGGACAUGGCAGUUUCACCACUAUGGAUUCCAGCAUUAAGACGUGUCUCAUGCAUUGUUGGCAUAACACACAAUAACUUUACUUUGUGUAUACAUGCUGGGUUAGAGCUCAGCUGCUGAGUGAGGACAAAGACUAAAAACCCUUCUAGGUGCCAAGACAAACUCCCUGACACACCCCAGGGCUCUUGACUAACUGGCUAACACAUACACAGGCAUCCAGCAGCACGCCAGGAGCUCUGGGUCUGAUGCUCUCCCAGUGGCCUGUGUGUGUUUAAUGCUGUGGAUCCAUAGGGAGAGGUCUGUAGGGGAAACGGGUGUCCCUCCCUUCAGAGCUGUGUUUCCAGUGGUCCACUGGUCCACUGGUCUGGGGAGGGUGCCAUGGGCAGGUUCAGCACUACUGUACCUGCCGGUUCCACUUUAGACCGUCUGGAAGUGCUAAGUCUGCACAAUCACAACUGAUCCGCAGGAGGUCUAUAUCCUGGACCUCCUACAUAUGGACCUACUGGACCUCCUACAGUUCUGUCCAAACACAAAGGAUUUCCCCCCAAAAAAACGUUUACAUUUUAGAGUUUUCAGAGUUAUAUAGGCAUACUUUCUUGAAACUGAAUUUACAGUACAUACAGUAUACUGAGCAGUGGCUGACCUGGUUGACCUGGCUGACUUGGACCUGGCUGACUUGGUCCUGGCUGACUUGGACCUAGCUGACUUGGCUGACUUGGACUUGGACCUGGCUGACUUGGACCUGGCUGGCCUGGCUGACUUGGCUGACCUGGCUGACUUGGACCCGUGUUGUGUGUAACCUCCACAGCAGAUGUGGAGUGAUGUCGAGCUGGACCACAUGGACCAGCAGGGCCAAUCUCUGAGAAUCAGCCACUCCUCUGGAGCUCUGAGGGUGAAGGAGUGCAGACAGUCAGCCCAGCAGCAGGCCAAGAUAAGGAACAGCAACAGCCAGGAAAAGGUAAGGUAGGAGUUCCAGCCAGCCAACUGUCACUGGGGCGCUGUAAUGCUUUUCUGAACAUGAAAUUAAUCUGUCAGGCUGACAGCAUAAUACAAAAUAAAAAAUAACAGCUGGUACCUGGUAUACUCAGGUUCAGAGAUGCUUCUAAAAAUGUAGAAAACACAAUUAUUUAUUUAUUUUUAUGCAAUUUGCAAUCAUUUGCAAUGGAACAGAGGCAUAGACAGGAGUUAUUCAACAUAUUCUAUAGUUGAGAAGAAAACAUCCAAAUAUAUGCUCAUAAAAAAUUAUGAGGAUGGUAAAAAUGUAAUUCACACCCCAUUUAUUUUGGUGCUUUCAUAGUGUGAGAGGGGCUCACUGAGCAGCUGUGACCACGACCUGGUGUCUGAAUCUGUCAACAUGGCUACCAUGUCCCUCCUUAUGACCAGGGAGGAGGGUGGAGAGGGGUGGCAGGAGGAGGACGAGAGGAAGACCCAGGAGAUAGCCCCCCAUUCAGCCCUUGAGGUGGAGGAGGCCCCCCCACCCCCAGCCUCACCCCCCAGGACCCCCAGGACCCUGAACAACAACAAACACAGAGACUCUGAGGUUUCCCAGAUCAUCAUCAGCCCCUUGUCAGAGACAACGGGGGACUAUAAGGUGGAGAAGCAUGGAGCACCAACCCGUGAGGAGAACCUGCUAUUGGGCCUGCAGAGUUUAAACUGCUCCACUGAACUGCUGGAAUCGGUGGAGAAAUUCCUCUCCUGA